CAUAGUUCCACGACAACAGAACUCGAGACAUGUCAUCCCCUCAAAGACUUUCGCAGCUGCCUGUCCAGUCCCGGAAGCGAAAGCACUGCGAGAUCAGCACGCUGAAGAACGACAGGCCCACCAAGAGGAGGCGCUGUGUCCCCGGGGAGGAGACGAACCUCUGGACGACAGUGAAGCGUUAUUUGCGAGACCCGGCGGGUCGCCCGGCGCCUUCAGUCUCGUGUCCCAUCUGCGCGUACCCCAUCGCGAUUCGUGGUAUCCCCACCCAAGAGCCCGAUCCUUGGGAACUUGCUGACGGCUCUCAGAAGGUUGGCGUGGUGCUGCCCUGUGCCCACUGCCUCUGCCAGGAGUGCUUCAAUGGGCACAGUGCCGCUCAAGACGAGCUGAAUCGGGAUAAAGACAAGACCUGUCCAAUCUGCCGCGCCAGCCUUCUCUUCAUCGGGUGUCUGCACCCCAUCCCUCCGCAGAGGCUGCCAGUUACCACCGGUGAGGACUACUCCAUGGUGCCACUGACCAUCCCCGAGCUGCAUCCGCACGAACACCGCUUUGCGGAGGACUGCUGGGACUGUACGACAGACUCGUGUGAGGAGUACAUCGACAUCAGCAUGCGCUUCACCGCGGGGAACCUCUACGGGGUCGAGUACCCCGUGGGCGAGGGACCGCUCCAGUGGCAGGAACAUGUCGAACGCCACCAGGUGUUGAUGUGGGACUACCUGAGCAGCCUGCGAUCCAUGCCCAACUGGCGGAACGGCAGCGUGCCUACCGGUCUGCUCGGGGUGACCUUUGCCGAGGAUUCAGAUGUCCCCGUCCAUAUACUAGACGGGUUUGUGAGUUUUGACGACGACGCCAUCGUCCACAGCCCCACAGGCCGGGAGUUCUGGUGGAUCCCUGUCCAUCGGUCCCAGCGCCCUCAUUGA